AUGUCUGCAAACUUAGAUCAAUCUCUAGACGAAAUUAUUGGCAAGAGACCAAACAGAGCUACUUCUCGUAGCGGCGGUGCUCGCGGUAAUGGCCCAAAGAGGGCCACUAAGCAAGUCAACGUUAACCGUCGUGGUGCCGUUGGUCGUGCUGUUCCUAGAAACGUUAGAGCACCAGCGAGCGCUGUUGCCAGAGUUGCCAAAGUUGCGAAUGGUUCUGGCGCUGUCAAAGUCAACGUCGAGGGUUUGCCAAGAGAUAUCAAACAAGACGCUGUCAGAGAAUUUUUUGCUACUCACAUCGGUGGUGUUUCAGGUGUUUUGCUAAGUUACAAUGAAAGGGGUUUGUCCACAGGUAUGGCCAACAUCACGUUCAGAAACGCUGAACUAGCCAGGAGGGCAGUCACCAAGUUCAACAAUGCUCCUAUCGACAAUGGUAGAUCCAGAUUAAGAUUGAACUUGAUUGUCAGUCCAACUAUGCAAAGCCAGGACUUGUCCAGAAGAAUCCAGGCCUUGCCAUUGAGAGCUCCACUUUUGAGAAGAAUGAAUGUUGUCCAAAACAAACCUAAGGUCCAGAAAGUGAACGCUCCAAACAAGAAAGCAGCCGCUGCCAAGAAGCAAAAACAGCAGAAAAAGGCUAAGCCAGCUAAGAAGAGUCUAGAAGAUUUGGACAAGGAGAUGGCUGACUAUUUUGAGGAGAAGAAAUGA